UCGAAAAUUAUUAUAAUGUUUAAUGAAUCUAAAUCUGAUUGGCCGUGAAUACGCAGUAAAGAGUUAAUGGGCGUGUGCAACGCAAAAUAAGUUCGAUUCUGAUUUGCUGUUGCUGGGAGACAUUGCGUCUUGUUGGGUUUGCGAACGCUUAGUUAGCCGUACAGGUGGAGUUCUCUGUCUGCCAUCGCUGUCUCAGGGAAUUGGAACUCCAUAAAGCCUACUAAUUAUUUUCUAGGCCGGGAUUUUAUGUUCUCGAUAUGCUUCUUCCUGGCAUUUGCAUGGUAACUGUGGGCUUUUUGCUGGCUAUACCCGACUCGGCCUGUUCAUCUACUUCAUCAAAUUGUCAUCAGAAAACAGUGACAGUCUCCACGUUGCGGGCACUUCGGGAAAGAGAAUUGACAUUGGCAAGUGCAGCGUCCUCAUCGCCUUUUGGACCUGGGGAUUCUCGUCUUCCCUUGCAAGUCCACAGCGAGGCGCCUGGUAGCGUGUCCGUGAGUGACGAUUUGCACAAUACUGAACCGCCCUACUUCGUCCUGGAGAUGUCUGGUAAUAAUGAAGAUCUCUCUCUUGUGUACUGGACUCAGCAAUGGUUGGCAAAUGGAACACUUUUCUUCCAUGUGUCUCUACAUAAUAUGGAGCGCAUAUCUCACAGCACUACAACAUCUAUUUGGGAACCUUCUCAUGGAAUAGAUGAGAAUUUUCAUGUCUUUCAUGUCUCUGUCAUGGGAGGACUGAUUGCAAUACUCCUACUGCUAGUCAUCUUUUCUGUUGCCUUAUAUGCUCAAAGGCGCUGGUACAAGAGGAGGAGGAUUCUGCAGAAAAGUGCCAGUACAGAGGCUACUCAUGAAAUCCAUUAUAUUCCUUCAGUGCUACUGGGACCACCCACACGUGAUAGACGAAGUUCCAUUUUGCAAUCCCACAACUCUGUUUUGAGAAUGUCCAUUCAAGAGACUCCCAUUCUAGAUGAUUAUGAUUGCGAAGACGAAGAGACUCUCCACUGUAUAAAGCUAGGAGACCAAAUUUCAAAGAGUAAGAGCCAUAUAUGCCAAGAAUGGAAGAAAGAGCAAAUACAUCUAGGGCACAGAGGCUCCUUGAAGAGUCCACUGAGUCGGACAGCUUUGACACUGAUUGGAGUCAGCGCAUGUGUGUUGGUUGUGGUGUGUGGAUCCCAGCUCCCCUGUCCACUUACAGUGAAGGUUACAUUACAUGUUCCAGAACACUUCAUUGCUGAUGGGAGCAACUUUGUGAUAAGCGAAGGGAGUUACCUAGAUGUUUCUGACUGGCUGAACCCAGCACACAUAUUCUUGUUUUAUAAAGUAAAUGCAAGUUCCCCAUGGAUUAAAGAUUUGUGUGGACAGCGGACCAUUGAUGCCUGUGAGCAAAUAUGCGACUCAGAAACAGGUGAGUGCAGCUGUCACGAAGGCUACUCUCCCGAUCCCAAACACCAACAUCUAUGUGUACGUAGAAAUUGGGGAGAAAGCCAGGGACCAUGGCCUUACAACACACUAGAAAGAGGAUAUGAUCUGGUCACUGGAGAGCAAGCCCCAGAGAGAAUACUCCGGUCUACAUAUAGUCCAGGUCAAGGAUUAUGGCUUCCUGUCAGUAAGAGCUUUGUGGUGCCUCCUGCUGAGUUAUCCGUUAAUCCUCUGGCAAGUUGCAAAACAGAUGUUUUAGUGAAUGAAGACCCUGCAAAUAUAAGAAAGGAAUCCUUUCUUGCCACCCAAUUUGAAUCACUUGAUGACCUACUAUCUUCUUUUGGUCCAGUACGCAAUUGCACACUCAGUAAUGGUGGCUGUUCACGCAACUUUAAAUGUGUCUCAGAACGCAAAAUUGACUCAACAGGGUGUGUGUGCCCUAAAGGCCUGAGACCAAUGAAGGAUGGAAGUGGUUGUUUUGAUUAUUCCAGAGGAAUUGACUGCUCAGAUGGAUCCAAUGGUGGCUGUGAACAACUUUGCUUGCAACAAAUAGUUCCUCUCCCAGAAGAACCUCAUGAGAGUGCCAUAUACAUGUACUGUGGGUGUGUGGAAGAAUAUCGGUUGGGCCCAGAUGGUAGGUCUUGUCUAGUGCUGACUGAAAUCUGUGAAGGUCACAAGUGUCUACGGUUAGACAAUCACCAGAACAAUACAUUGUUUGAGGAGAUGCUGCAUGGGUUUGACAAUAAAACCCAGAGAGUCAACCAAGGGAGAGUUUUCCAGAUGAGCUUCAGGGAAAAUAAUUUCAUUAAGGAUUUUCCCCAGCUAGCGGAUGGGUUGCUGGUAAUCCCACUUCCAGUAGAAGAGCAAUGCAGGGGAAUCCUCUCUGAACCCCGUCCUGACCUACAGAUGCUCACAGGUGAUGUUAGGUAUAACGAGGCAACAGGAUAUCCAAUGCUGCAGCAAUGGAGGGUGCGUAGCAAUUUGUACAAAGUUAAACUCAGCUCCAUCUCAUUGUCUGCAGGGUUUUCCAAUGUGUUGAAGAUCCUCAGUUCACAGAGUAGUCGUGAGGAAUUAUACAGUGUCAUGCGAUUAUUUGGCACACAUUAUAUCUCAGAAUCAUUGUAUGGCUCAGAGCUCACCUGUACCAUCCGAUUUCCUAACAAGAAAGUGCAGCAGCAACUAUGGAUCCAGUAUCAAAAAGAAACAACAGAGUUGGGAAGCAAAAAGGAGCUUAAAUAUAUGCCAUUUAUAACAUAUCUGUCAGGAUUGCUUCAGACACAAAUGUUUUCUGAUGACCAGUUAAUCGCAGGUGUGGAGAUUCACUGUGAAGAAAAGGGACGUUGCCCAUCCAGUUGCCACUUGUGCAGAAGACCUGGUAAAGAACAGGUCAGCCCCACCCCAGUGCUUCUGGAGAUCACUCGGAUCAUACCACUCUAUAGCCUAAUUCAAGAUAACUCUACACAAGAGGCCUUCCGAAGUGCUUUCAUGAGCUUAUAUUGGUGCUCUGGAAAGGGAGAAGUAAUUGCAGAUUGGUGUCGAUGUGAUCUUAAUGCGUUAGAUGAGAAUGGAUUGCCAAGCUGCAGCCCACUUCCUCCACCUGUAUUUCGUCUUUCCCCUAACAUGGAGCCUUCCAGCACUGUGGUGUCUUUGGAAUGGUUGGAUGUCCAGUUGGCUGUUGGAACCAAAGUUUCAGACUAUAUACUGCACCACAAAAAAGUAGAUGCAUAUUCAGACACAGAGUUAUACACAGGAGAGUCCCUGAGUCUGGCAGAUGAUUUAUUAUCUGGUUUAGGAACAAGUUGCAUUGCAGCUGGAAGAACCCACUUGGAGACCACAGACAAAAGUCUGUACUCUGUUAUUUUCAAAUGUCUGGAAGCUGACAGUCUAUACAAGUUCACCUUGUUUGCGGUAGACACUCAUGGACGGCACUCAGCACAUAACUCAGUUACUCUGCGUACUGCAUGUCCACUGGUAGAUGAUAGCAAGGCUGAGGAAAUAGCUGACAGAAUCUAUACAUUUUACAAUGGCUAUACUAGUGGAAAAGAGCAGCAAAUGGCAUACAAUACCCUGAUGGAAGUUUCAGCCUCUAUGCUACUCCGUGUUCAGCAUCACUACAACUCCCUUUAUGAGAAAUUUGGUGACUUUGUCUGGCGCAGUGAAGAUGAACUUGGACCGCGGAAAGCUCAUCUGGUACUUCGAAGACUAGAAAAAGUAAGCAGCCAUUGUUCAGGUCUGCUCAGAAGCACACACAUCCAACGUCGGAUUGACAGCAUGCCAUACUUAAUGUGCCAUAGUGAAAUCCUCCAAACUUCAGAAAUUAUUUCAUACAGUAUUCUGAUGGACAAUAAGGUCACAUGUGAAGAAAAAAUAGUUUCUAUGCCACGCAAUAUGUAUGGAGAUUCAAAAGGACAAUAAAUGUGCCUGCAAUAUCCUAAAAUGUUUUAGAUUAACUGGUAGUAGCAUCAAAAUAUAAAAGCUGAAGUCAGCAACUAUAAAGGUUAUAGAAUGAAGGAACAGAUACGGUGGACCUUAAGGAGACCUUGAUUUUUUAAUAUGACAAUGACCUCAUUUACAUUCCAGCUGAUAAUGGCCUCAGUUUAGGCCUUAAUUUAAUAUGUUUGAAUCAUAAUCAAACAUGAUCACAAUCUGACCUCCAUUUUAUAUUUUUGGAUAAACGUUUCAAACAA